AGAUUAGCGCAAGGAUAUAGAUGACAAUUGCCUGCGCAUCAUUUUUUCCGUAUAUGGAGAGAAAUUUUUAGUCCUUGUCAGGGCUAAAAAUGUCGCGACACGAGAGAAGAAUGAAUGAUCGAUCAAAUAGGGGUCGAUGGUAAUACAAAAUGUACGUUCCGAGCGUGCUUCUUACGGGAAUAUCAAAAUUCCUACGAAUUUUACGGUGACAUGACAGUGGGAGCGGACACGACAUCAGGUUUGACGGCAAUGCUCUACUUUAGAUAUUGUAUGCCACAUGAGGGAGGUUAUGUUCGUCCAGAGAAAUAAGGAAGUUAUUUGUCGCGUUAAUUUAAUUAAAUCGAGUUAAUAAAUUUCAAAACGUUGUUGAUAUAAUUUUCAGAGUUUCUACUUAACCAAUAAAAUAGAAAAAUUAUCGAGUGAUAUAUUUAAUCUUUCCCAUUUAUCGCCAAUUAUCUAGCAUUAAAUAAAUAUUUCAAAUGUUUCAAAGAAUAUAAUUUAUUUUUCUUUUUAACUUAUUCUAUAUGAAUCAAUCCUAUAUGAAACUCGAACACGCUGCUAUUAUACUUCCCGUAAUGUACGACUUUCGGCAAUCAUCGGCUAAAUUCGUACUUUUCCGCUCGACCGAUUUUACGACCUCGGUAUAUCUCUGGACGGACCAUACGUAUUACAUUACAAAAUACUUUGAGUCUUUCAAGGGGUCGCGUCUCGUUCGACCGAAUCUCGAAAAGCCAAUUCCAGGAUCUUUCUUCCUUUCGAAGCCGUUCCGUUACGACCAAACCGCCUCCAUAAUCAAACUUUCCUCGUAGAUAUGUAAAAUACGAACUAACAUCGAUUUUUCCUCGAUCGUAUCGUCGAACAAUUGAAUUCUUGUUAACUAUAUAAGAAUGAAUAACACAUCGGAACUUGCGAAGAGGCAAUCUUCAAAAAUUACUUCAAGUCAAAAUCAAACGAUUCGUCAAGUGGCAAGUCUCCUCCCUCUUUACCAAUCCUGCUUACGAGGCCGUGCUCGCCCACUUUGCCACCAGCCUUGUUUAGUGUUCUUUACUCCCGUCGACUGUUCGCCGCACCGGCAUCGUUUCUCCUUCUCGAGUUUCAACGCAUGGCAAAACGGAAUUCCACUUUCCAUCCGAAAGGAAAUUAAAGGAAAUAUUAUUUGCCAGAUUCGAAAAUUUAUCAAGAAAAAAAAAUAUAGAAAAAGAAAUAGGAUAGGGAUGAACGAAUCAAGAUGGAAAAAUUAUCGAAUAUUAUUCACGAACGUACGAUCAAUCCUGCUCGUUUGAUUUUGCUGUGUCUAGUCAUUCUUUGCUGGGGCAAAUCAACAUUUGGGGAAAAGAAGCUACAUGGAACUCCUAUGCACAAGGUGGAACUCACUCAGAAAGGAUACAUUCAGUUUCUACGUUGGGAGUUACCCGUACCAAAAUUCACCGAAUUCACCUUCUGCCUGUGGAUGGAAUCCUACGAUCUGACCCAUCCUCAUCCGAUAUUUUCGUACUCGAAGAACGAGCGAGAACGGCUCGUACGAUCGUGGAUAGCGCCGCACGGGAGGAGUGUCCACCUCGAGAUCGGGGGCAAUAAUGUAUUCGCCGCAACUGUCGACAUUCUAGAGAAUCGAUGGUACCAUUUGUGCGUGAGCUGGGAGAAUCAGGCUGGCCGUUACGGCCUUUGGAUCAAUGGUCAGCUUUGGGCUCAAGGUCGCUCUUACGAGACGAUAGAUCACACGAUCCCAAGCGGAGGAGACAUCGUGGUGGGUCAAGAGUACACCGACUUCGACGAAGGGCUCGACGACGGGAUCGAGGGAUCGAUCCUCGGCUUCAAUCUGCUCUUGGCCUCCGCUUUCGACACCCACGAUUCGAGUCAAGUGUCCCGCUCCGCCUCGAGUUACGCCACGGUUCCGCUUUUUGCCAGGAUUCCGACGAAACUGAUGCAACGCGGCAUCGAUUAUAGGAUUGCAACGAGAACGAGGGCACCGUACACGCUCCCGCCAACUUCUGAUCAACUUGGGGGACGACGACGAUACGCCGAGGACGCGACGUCUUUGCCGCUCGGAACGGGAUUGAUGAUCUUCUCUCCACGCGUGAUCCAGGGGAGGAUCGAGGUAUCCAAGUGGAAAAAGCAAUCUCUCGGGUUGCAAUUGGUGAAACUGUCGUAUGUACGCUGCGAGAUCGGCAGGGGAAGCCCGUUCAUAGGCGGAUCGUUGAUGCUGAUCUCGUGGACCAGAACACCCGUGCGUAUUUUCGGUGGGGCAGUUCUGAAGAACGUCAACAGCGACUGUGGCAACUUCUCGACUGUUCUCGAUUGAGGAAGAGGAGGAAGAUAGCCUCGAGGCUAUACUAAGAUAUUGUUUACCAGCGCCACCAAAUCUGAUAAAAAUUUGUCUGAAUUAAUAAUACGUGUAUUUUGAAUUCGAAAGAGAAAGCGCGUUCUUUUUUAUCGAUGUUAAUUAAAUUGAAUUAAAGUGAAAUUUUUUUCUAUUGGAUUGUGGAUAUACGUGUGGAUAUAGUUUAAAUGAUUGGACAGACAGUAUCUCCGUGGACCUUUAAUCGAAUUUCGCGAGAGAAACGUGAGAAUACGGGUCGUUACGACAUGCAUAGAAAUCGGAUAGAAAUCGGAAAGUGACGAGCGGGGCCUUUCUUUCGAUGGAUGAACAUUCGUUGCGUUACGAAUGCAGGAUUAACAAAUUGGAGCGAAUUAUUAUGAAAGUGCGAUGUUAGGAUAAGAUCUAAUGGUAUUUAAUGGUUUUUAUACCAAUAUAUUUUAUAUAUUGUUUUAUAUAAAUUAUAAAUAGCAAUUUCUGCAAACGACUCUCUCCAGGAACUAAAACCGGAUAAGCUUCUUUUAUUUAAUUAUUCUCCGUCUAUUUCAUACUUUUACUCGCAUUAGACAAAGUAUUGUAGAUAUCCUAAAACAAGUUCCUUUAUAUUCAAUCAUAAAAUUAAAUACUUGACAUUCCGCGAAAAUA